AUGAAAAGUUUCCGUAUAACGGUUAUCAUUACAGUUUUACAGCUGAUAUCGGCUGCUUUUGGGAUCUCUCUUUAUGGAGAUGAUUUCGGCGGACUAUGGAAUAGAGAGCUAGAAACUGGAUGUCCUGCUACGACUAUCCAGCAUGGAUGCCCUCAUCUCGAUUUUGAUUAUUUUUACGAAAACGAAAGGAUCAACCCAAAGUUUUCUCUUGAUUUGAAAGACGUAAGAUGGCUUCCAAACCAGAAGUUAUACAAAGUUACUAUUCGUGCGUACACAAGGAAUGGAGAAAAGAUAGAUUUGAAAUAUUUAUGGUCUUUGAAAGUUAUCGGUUUAUCCACAGGCACACAUCAACUUUAUGGUUUUAACGAAGGAGUGCUUCCAGAAGAUUUUGACCCAUCCGAUUUUACCACCACUUUUUUGAUCAGAGGUCGUCCGGACUAUGAGAAUUGCAUCGUGUGGUUAGACUACUUCCAACUCCAAUAUGAGUUCUUAGACGGUCAUACAGCUCAGUAUAAGGAGGACUGGUAUAACGAAGGAUUUGGGAAACCCCACUUUGAUUUGUCAGUUGGUUGCCAUAAUUCAAAUAAUCAUGGGCAGUCGCAGUUAGGACUUCCAAACUAUUUUUGGCCAUUGGAAUGUGGGGAUGCAGACUGCUAUAAUCCGUCAGUAACAAGCUCAUUACCUCCUGUGACAUCCAGCGAGCUGCCACCUCCUUUGAGUUCGAGUACUAUAGUCCCACCUGUGACAUCCAGCGAACUGCCACCUCCUUUGAGUUCGAGUACUAUAGUCCCACCUGAGACAUCCAGCGAACUGCCACCUCCUUUGAGUUCGAGUACUAUAGUCCCACCUGAGACAUCCAGCGAACUGCCACCUCCUUUGAGUUCGACUAUUUCUGUCACAAUUAGAACUACUACAGACCCUGUGUUUUCGUCUUUUGAAACAAGUUCGAGUAUUCCGGAGAUUACCAGCUACCCACCUCCUCCUGUAAGUUCAAUCUCGACAAGGUCAACCGAUACGGUUACUGCUACGACCAGUUCUCGCCAUAUAAUCCCUCCACCAAUAUACUAUAGCUCUGUCAAACCAGCAGAGUCAGAAAGCCGUGAGAGUUUCACGUCCAAACCAUCACCUGUAACUUCCCGUUUGAUCGAGAGUUCUAGUAUUUCACUCCAAAGUCCUGCUACUACUUCUCAAAGAACACAAACAACACUUCAGCCAGUGACGACUAUCAUCCCAGUGGUGGAAAGUGGUCCCGCAGGUUACACCAGUAGCGAAAUCUCGACUCACGCUAUUUCUACCUUUGCCGGAAUUGCAAACUCAGUGACUCCAGCAAUUUUCGGAUCUAUCUUUAUGAACUUGCUUCUGUUCGUGCUUUGA